AUGGAGGAUGAUCGUGCGCAGGUUGACUUAGGUGUCGCUGUUGAUGUAGAAGAAGCUUCCGAAGAGCCAGUGGCACAACGUCAACCAAAGAAGCGUUUCGUAGGAAGAAAACAAGCUGCCGAAGCAGCUGCACGGAAUGGCAUCAAUGGGAGUCCUGGGGACAGUGCUGCUGUUCAAGUUGCCACUCCAAGAAGAAUUCGAACACUUAACCAAGUUCCUCCCGAAAUUUUGAACGACCCAGACAUAAACGCUGCGAUCGCCCUACUUCCACCAAAUUAUUCUUUUGAAAUACACAAGACAAUACAUAGAAUUAGAUCGAAUGGAUCGAAAAAGGUUGCGCUGCAGAUGCCAGAAGGUCUUCUGUUGUUCGCCACAACAAUUUCUGAUAUUCUCUCCCAAUUUUGUCCUGGAAUUGAGACACUUAUAAUGGGAGAUGUUACAUAUGGAGCUUGUUGCAUUGAUGAUUAUACCGCUCGCGCAUUGGGUUGCGACUUACUGGUACAUUACGCGCAUUCAUGUUUGAUUCCUGUGGAUGUCACAAAGAUCAAAACUCUCUAUGUUUUCGUCGACAUUAGCAUAGACACGGCACAUUUACUUGCAACUCUGGAGAAGAACUUUGCCUCAGGAAAGACCAUUGCUAUGGUGGGAACAAUUCAGUUCAAUGCGACAUUACAUGGCGUUCGAGCCCCUCUCGAGAAAGCGGGGUAUAAUGUUCUCAUUCCACAAAUCGCUCCCCUCAGCAAAGGCGAGAUCCUCGGAUGCACAUCUCCUCAACUGUCAACUGAUGGUGUCGAUAUCAUUUUAUAUCUUGGGGAUGGGCGUUUCCACCUUGAAAGUGCAAUGAUACACAAUCCAUCGAUACCGGCUUAUCGAUAUGAUCCUUAUUCUCGAAAACUUACUCGUGAAAGGUACGAUCACAAGGAAAUGCACACCUUGAGAAGAGAUGCUAUUGAAGCUGCAAAACCUGCAAAGAAGUGGGGGCUUAUUCUAGGAUCUUUAGGCCGCCAGGGAAAUCCUCACACAAUGACAAUGAUUGAGAAAAAGCUUGAAGAGCGAGGAACACCUUACAUCAACUUGCUCUUGAGCGAAAUCUUUCCUGGAAAACUAGCUAUGAUGAGCGAUGUUGAGUGUUGGGUGCAAGUAGCAUGUCCAAGACUCAGUAUUGAUUGGGGAUACGCAUUUCCCAGACCUCUACUAACUCCAUAUGAAGCAUUGAUUGUGUUGGGCCAGAAAGAGGAUUGGGCGAAGAGUAAUAAUGAUAUUUAUCCUAUGGAUUACUAUGGCAAGGAAGGUCUUGGCAGAACCAAGCCUAUUUCCAGUAUUCCAGUUUCUGGUUGA